AUGAAGGAGUUGCGUCACUAUGACACGUUCAAAGACAUCAAUACUUUGCUCAUGUCUACGCCCCAAGGUGUUAUCUCCCUCACAGAUGCGACGGGUAUCUGCUGCUUUACGCCUGUACCGACAUCAAGCAAAAGACCGAUGAAGUUUACUCGCUCCGAUGCGAAUGACUCCAGACCUGGCGCGUACGAUCAGAAAUUUGCAGUGUUGACACCUCUUCAUGUAAAUUUACUGGCUUUUCACAAUGGCAGGGACUGGAACGGUGUUAGUGAGUCACAGCAGGGACUGUCGUUGCUGGCAUCAUUGUCGGCAUUUUAUCCGACUAUUGAUGUUCUCCAUUCAGGAUGGAUGACGAAACGAAGAGAGCGCAAUGUGCACAGUCCGAAGAGUAUCAUGACGUACUGGAAGCGGCAUUUCUUUGUGUUUUUGACAUCAGGUGACUUGCUCUACUUUCGAGAUGACACAUUAAGCGAACUGCAGGGCCGCGUGGACGUUCGACACGCUCCCACAGUUCGAGUUACAGGAGAGCAGCUUAUCGAUGGGAGGAAAAAGGAUGGAGGCAUGUUUAAGUUUGGCAAGUUGCCAGCGUUCGAACGCGAGACGUGCUUGAUUUGGAUUGCUACGCCUCCGUCAAAGAUGUUUGUUUUGAAGCUUGAGGAGGAUCAUGAUGAAUCGGGCAGUGGUGUUGGCGGCGGAAGUAAAGCCGGUCUUGGAUCUUCAGGUGUGAUGGUUACUUCGAGGAAAGCUGAGCUUACUCCAAGCUCAAAGAAGUGGCUACAGUUACUGUUGCAGGGGCAUGCAGAAACAAAGUACACACAGCUUGAAAAAUGCAUCGCUACGGGCAAAUAUGGUCUGACCACAGAGGUUGUAUCUGCAGUUCGUGCUGGAAUCCCGGAUGAGCUGCGUGGACAACUUUGGAAAGGAUUUUCUGGCGCCACAGAUCUCCAACGACGUGUAGAGCUUAAGCACGCCAUCCGCAGUGCAACCAAAUCAGCUACUGUUGCCCGCAUGCACUCCCGAGAACCCUCCGGCAGAGCUACUUUCAAAUCUUUCAAACCUCGGACAGCAAAGAAGCACGCAAUUUAUGAAAUGUGCUCUGCGGCAAUUGACGCAAAUGAAAUCGACACGCCUGAGAACCAAAUGCUUUUCUCCCGGUUGUGUGCGUUGGCACUUCAAGAAAAUGCACAGAUAGCCGUCAGCCUACACCCGAGUGAGCUUCAUCCUUUGAUGAGCCGAAGAGGCCGGGCUGUUUCGGAUGCGUCGAACCCGUCAGAUCAAUUCAGCGAAGACCGGGAAUCGUUUUAUGAUGACGAGCGAGACUCAAUGGAUGAUGACGACGGCGAACUGAUCGAGAUAGAGGAAGUCAAAACCGGUGAGGAGUCGGUCAGCAAGGAUACCUCAACACGAAAGACGCUCAAACAACUUGAAAAGGGUAAAAUGGGCAAUUAUGUGUACCCUAGCGACUACCCUGCAGCCGAGUGGGAAUUGGCAUCACGACGACGGCUUCUCAUUGCCAGCUCGCGUUACAAUCCAUACUCGCAUCCAUUCUCAUGGCGAGUGAGUUGCCUACUGCUGGGGUACGUUGAAGAAGAGAGCGCUUUUUGGAUCAUCAACAGCAUAAUUGAGUCGCUUCUGCCAGGUUAUUUCCACGGCUAUCGACCAGCUUUGCAGAUUGAUGUGGCAGCUUUUACUGCGCUCUUACAGGACCGCUUACCAGCCCUCGCUUCUCACUUGGCCGCACUGGAGUUUUCUCUUGGCCGACUCGUUGAACGCUGGUUUUUGAGUCUGUUUACUUCCUCGCUCAUUCCUCUUCCCACCGUGCUACGCAUAUGGGACGCAUUCUUCAUUCGUGGUCUGCUAGUUUUCUAUGGAGUUGGUCUUGCGCUGAUGUUUCGCGCGGAGGAAACACUAUUUUAUGCCAAAACUGCAACAGAAGCUGAGGAAUAUUUGCGAGCUAGUGAGCGCGGCUGCAUCGAUGCAGAUGCAGUGUUUUCACUUGUGUUCAAGGACGACCUUACCAUCCCAUGGCUUUCGGACGAGCAGCUUGAAAGGCUAAGGUCGACACAUCGCCACCGAGUUUUGGAGCGGAUAUCACAAAAAGUGGAUUAUUUCAAAGAUAAACUGAGCAUUCUUAGGCUCACAAAAGAUCUCGGCUCGCGUUGUCGUGUUGUUGCCAAGCAGCUCCUGAGUGACCGAGAAGGUGUUAAAGCUGCUAUGCCACUGAGCGAAGAAACCCACGCCAAUGAUGAAAAGGGCCUGUACGACAUAUUUGGACUUGAUGAUGAAGUUAAUGAUCUAGAUCUUGGCAUCGAGGGCGACAGGCUUGAAAAUUCAUUUCAGACAUCUCUACACCUGCUACUUGAUCAAGUAAGAGAAUCUUCUGCGGCAGCGGACGCACUUACUGUAGAGCUGGGCCAGCGGCAAGCAAAAUGGUUGGCUGCAUCAAGUCAACUUGCAGCAUGUCCACUUACUCGAUCACCCACGCCAGACUCGCACAGCUGGCUUUCGCAAGUUAAAGAAGGCAAAAUCUCAGGUGCGGGUCACGAUGCAUCUUUGCUGUUUGCUCCCGACAGCGGUGGCUUCGCUUCUGCUUCUCACAUCGUCGAAGCUUCUGGCAUGGUAUUCGACAAUGACGACACUACCCAGAAAAGCUGCCUGUUAACGGAGAGAAAGGAUCUGGGAUUAUCAGACCGUCACCUUGCUGAUGUGUUUUUGUACGCACUGAUGUCGAUGCUUAAGUCUUUGUGCGCUGUUCGUCUAGAAUGUUUGGGUGUGACAUAUCGAUUCAUGUGGCAUGGCGGUUCCUGGCUUGAUUCUGCUGUUGAGUACCCUUCAUUUCCAAAGGUCACGGGGACCGUAACGACUCCAAGUACACCAAACUCGCGGCAAUCGAUUCGAAACAAAACUUCAACGGAACCCCAGUCAUCGGUUCCAUCUGGCCAGUCAAAAAGGCGUCCACGCGCGGUGGACGACUCAGCCUUGUCCGGCCAUAAACGCGGGGAUUCGAGUGCUACUACGCCGAGACGAAGGGGGCGCCAAGCAACGCGAAGUUUUUACAAUCCGGGUAAGUCCCCGACACGAUUACGCAACAGCUUGUCAUCUGGUGAUUUCUCUGAUUUCUCAGUGCUGGAGUUUGCCGCUGGUGGUGUAGGCUCUACCUUGUACGAUGACCCGAUCAUCGAAGGCCAGCCUGCCCCGUCGUCGCCCACAUAUGCUGAGCAGCUUUUAGAUGCAAACCCCUCGUAUCUCGUGACCUCAACUCCACAAGACAGCAGCGCUGUCGAGUUUUCCGUUGACCGAGGGCUCGAUCGCUGCGCCGCCUCAACGCUUGAUGCAUCCAACAAGCCGUUGCUGGCGGCACUUACAGUACAACAUCAAGAAGGAGAACGUGUUUUCCAGGAGUCGCACAAACGGAUACUUAAUGGACUUGGAAAAUUCUUGCGUCUCGAAUACCGCGAUAAGGACUGGGCUCUGCGAGAGCGCGCUCUAACCAUCGAACGCGAACUCCAACAAGAAUUUCAAGAGAUUGAAGUCGAACUCCAGGGCGCUCAGUGGUUACAGCAGUAA